AUGAGCUCCUGCACAGCGACCAUCGCACUUUUCCUACUACUUUUCACUUUCACCUCAUACUGUAGCUGCUUCUACAUUUUUGCCUCUGCGUUUUCCAUUUCCCUAUUUUUCGCCAUGUCAGCCAGCAGACAGCGUCUUCCACAGGCACGGCAGCCCGUGCUCCCCGCCAAGACUACACCCGAACAAAAGUACUGGCGCGGGUUUGUCAAUCCUCAGCUCAUCAAGGAAAACUACCCAAUCACACACAUUCACUUCAACCCGGUGGCCCCACAUGACUUUGCCGUCACAUCCUCCACAAGAAUCCAAGUAUUUUCCUCCAAAACGCGCCAGGUGAUCCGUACUUUCUCGCGCUUCAAGGACACCGUAUACUCGGGAGAGUAUCGUUUCGACGGAAAGCUUCUAGCAGCCGCCGAUGCGCUGGGAUUGGUGUCUCUUUUUGAUGCAUACCAGCCGCGUAACUUAUUGGUCAGUGUCAACCCCCUGACGCAUCCGACCCAUGUGGCCCGUUUCCAUCCUACAAUUGGAAACCAGAUGGUUACUGGAUCUGACGACCGUGUCGUGCGCUUGUACGACAUUGCACACACAUCUUCAGGUCCGAUUGUCGAGUUUGGCGCAUCCCACCACGGCGAUUACGUGCGUAGCUGUGGCUUUGUGCCUGGAAACCCAAACUUGCUCACUACUGGAUGCUACGACGGCAUUGUGCGCGUGUUCGAUACGAGACAGAAGCAGUUGGUGGCCAGCUUCGAGCAAGGUAACCCAGUCGAAGAUGUUUUGGCGCUCUCUCCCACCACUUUGGUUAGUGCGGGUGGGCCACAAGUAAAAGUAUGGGACUUGUCUCGUGGCAGCCAACUCCAUGAGUUCCGCAACUUCACCAAAACUGCCACCACCUUGCAUUCCGCAGGAGAGCGUGGGUUGUUGGUGGGCCUGUUGGACGGCCACGUGAAGAUCUUUGAUCCUUCCAAUUGGGAUGUCAAAUUCGGCUGGAAAUUCGGAAGCGGUGGAGUACUUUGCUCCGCUGUUUCGCCUGACUUCAAGCACUUCGCUACAGGAUUGACAUCUGGUCUUCUUUCGAUCCGUACCCGCAAAACAGAACCAAAGACCGCUGCCGCAAAACCAACCCGUUCAAGCACAUAUGCACGUAUAGUUAAGGGCGCCGAAUAUCUCGGUGAGGAAGAGCACCAUGUGGUACAUACAAGUGCGCCGCUGACAAAGCGUUUAAAACAGUUUGAAAAGCACAUGAAUGCUUUCAGGUGGGCUGAGGCCUUGGACCUGGCCAUUUCUACUGGUUUGCCCCGCGAGCAGGUUGUUUCGCUUUUACAUGAGUUGAAGAAACGAGGUAAGACACGGAUCUGUUUAUAUGGCCGUGAUGAAAUAUCACUCAUGCCUGUGUUGCUGUGGUUCAGUAAAAACCUUGCAGACGUACGGUCAUUCAACAUCAUCUGUGACUUCCUUGCAGUGCUACUUGAAAUGUAUGGACACUUGGUGGAAAAGAGUGUUGCUCUCGAAGAAGCCUUCACUACAUUGUCUCGCAGAAUCGAAUCUGAGGUGAAGAAAUGCAGAGAGGCAAAUGAGAUCACAGGUAUGUUGGAGAUGUUGGCUGUCUGA